AUUACAAAGUAAACCCCGUGCUUCCUAAUACUUUCAUAUUUUCAGAAAGGUCUCAAACUCAAUCACCUUAAAGCAACACAAAACCAAAACCAAACAUAUACAUGAAACAUUCAUAAAGUGGGUGACAGAAACGAUAUUUCUGAGUAAAAUGGAGAAGGGACUGUUAGAUAAAGAGGGAGAAGGGAGUUUAAGUUUAACUGGGAUUAGUUCAUGGAGAAUUGUUUAUGGUGAAGAAGUGAAGAGGGUGGCAUGCAUUGCCGGGCCUUUGGUGGCCGUGAAUUUGUCACAAUAUUUCCUGCAAAUAAUUGCAGUGAUGAUGGUGGGUCAUCUGGGUGAGCUUUAUCUUUCUAGCACUGCAAUAGCUAUCUCUUUUUGCGCUGUCACCGGCUUCAGUCUUGUUUUUGGAAUGUCUACUGCACUUGAAACUCUAAAUGGCCAAGCCUAUGGAGCUCAGCAGCAUCAAAAGCUUGGAACUCAGACUUAUACCGCUCUUUUCUGUUUGAUUUUAGUUUGUUUUCCUGUGUCUCUCAUGUGGGUUUUCAUGGAGAAAAUACUCGUUUUCAUGGGCCAAGACGCUCUAAUUUCUCAAGAAGCUGGAAGAUUCACAAUCUGGCUUAUUCCAGCUCUUUUCGGUUAUGCUUCUCUUCAGUCACUUGUUCGAUUGUUUCAAGCACAAAGUCUUACCUUUCCCUUGCUCGUGUGCUCUUGCGUUACUCUUGUUUUCCAUUUGAUUCUCUGUUGGGUUCUCGUUUUCAAGUCUGGAUUUGGUAACCUUGGAGCGGCAUUAGCCAUCGGUUUGUCAUAUUGGUUGAAUGUGCUUUUACUUGUGCUGUACUUCAGCUACUCUUCCUCCUGUGAGACAACCCGUGUCGCGGUGUCCAUGGAGCUUUUCCAAGGAGUUGGACAGUUCUUUGGCCUCGCGAUUCCUUCUGCUUUUAUGAUUUGCCUUGAAUGGUGGUCGUUUGAGUUUCUUACAAUGCUGUCUGGUCUUCUUCCAAAUCCAGAGCUUGAAACUUCAGUUCUGUCUGUAUGCUUAGCAACAAUUUCAACUCUGUAUACAAUACCAGAUGGACUUGGUGCUGCUGCGAGCACUCGAGUUUCCAAUGAAUUAGGAGCAGGGAAUCCUCAAGCAGCCUCUAUAGCUGUCAAAGCUGUGAUGUUUCUUGCAGUCUCUGAGGCGAUCACAGUAAGCACCACCCUCUUUGCGGGCGGGCAUGUUUUUGGUUAUGUCUUUAGCGAUGAGAAGGAAGUUGUAGAUUAUGUCACAAAAAUGGCCCCUUUGAUAUGUCUAUCCGUCAUAUUGGAUAGCUUACAGUGUGUCCUUUCUGGCGUUGCAAGGGGCUGCGGCUGGCAGGACUUGGGGGCUUAUGUCAAUCUGGCUGCAUACUAUCUGUGUGGAACUCCAGUUGCAGCCAUGUUGGCAUUCUGGUUGGAGUUGGGAGGACAAGGCCUCUGGAUGGGAAUACAAGCUGGUGCUCUUCUGCAAACAGUUUUGCUUAUCAUCAUAACAAGUUGCACAAACUGGGAAAAACAGGUGAGUAUGGCAAGGGAGAGGGUUUUUCAUGGAAGAUUUGCACCAGAAAAUGGUUUAACUUGACUGACUGAAGAAAUUUGACAGUGAUAUCUCUUGUGCUAUUAUAGUUAAAUGAGAUUAAAUUUUGACACCAAAACUUGUACAACCUGCAGAAGUUUGUGCAAUAUUUUAUUUUGGUUAUUCGGGCUAACUCACUAUAAAAACAUAGAAGAAAAGGUCAAUUGUUUUUUUUUUUAAUUAUUGAACAUUUUUUAUGCAUGAAUGAAC